GGGGGGCGGCUGUGAGGGGAGGCGGCCGGGGGGACAUGGCUCUGCCCGGCACUGCUCGGCCCGGCCCGGCCCGGCCCGGCCGGUGGCGGCACGGGGCGAGGGGAUGCGGCCACCGGGAGGCGGUGGCGUGGAGAAGGGCUGCGUAUGCGCCCCGGCGGGCUGCCGGUGUUGCUGCUGUGGAAGCUGCUGUAAACAAAGCCCCAGUGCGAAGGCUUUCAGGAGUCCGCUCAUGUGGCUCUUCGUGUCUUUGCGAUGACUUGGGGUGGCCUCGUGUAAACUGGAAGAUGUGGAGCGGGCUCUUGCCCGCAGGACUGAACGAAAGUGAUGUUGACUUGAGUUCGGACGAUGGAGAUGAAUCGCGUUGUUCCCUUUCAAAGGAAGAUGCAAAUGAAGAUACUGAAAGAGUUCAGCUUUCUGAAUUGCAGGAGAAUGGACCUGAAAGCAGUGCCACCAGUGAAUCGCUUCUGACGUCUGUGACAGAUGGAGAAAACGCAUCUGAAACGCGCCCUCCUGGAAUUUCUUUAGAUAUGUGGAAUAAAUUUUUGGAGCUUCAGAAGAAAAACCGUGAAAUGAAAAUGCAAGCAAGUCAGGAAAACAAAGGCCGAAAAAGAAAGCGUGGCAGAAAAGAAAAACUGAAAAAGAACUCUAACGAAGUGACUAAGAGUGUUCAACAGUUGGCCUGUGAAGACCAAUGGAAAGAACUUACACAGUAUUUUGGAAUCAAUGAUAGAUUUGAAUCACCUGUGGAUAGCAGGGCUCCACAAAAGUCUGGCCUUGAACUUAGCAUAGAGAAAUCCGUGGCUGAAGGUGACAUUGAUAAAGCUGAGGAGCUGAGUGAUAGAUUAGCCAUUCGUGAGCUUGGUGUGAAAAUUGCCAAAGCCGCCGCUUGCCGCAACUUUGUAAAAGCCAAACAAGAAGCAGAGGCUGCCCAAGAAGCUCGGAAGAAAAAGAAGCUUGCUUGGGGAUUUGAAGCUAAGAAAAGAUGGGAAACAAAAAGCAACAUGGGAUACAUGUAAUCCAUUGUAUUUUCAUCAGGAGUUAAAUACCUGGUUUUACUUGAAUCUUUGUGGGUGACUUUCUUAAAUACAAACACAAAAUUAAAAAAAAUAAAAAAAAACACAUAAACCCUAACACAUCAAAUUCCUUGUGUUUCAGUGCUGUUAAAUUACAUUAUCUUAUGUCACUCUUACAAUGUAGCACAAAUGCUAUCUAUGCUAUGUUACAGCAUUUUUCUCCAAAAUAUAAAAAUCUAAGGUAAUGUAUUGUAGAACGUGUUUAGAGUCUGGAAGGGAGCUCUCUAAAGAUGGAAUAAAAUACUUCAUCCAAA